AUGAAAGUGUUUCGGGUGAAAGCAUCUGAGUGUCGAGCUAAAAUUACCGAUGAGGAAUAUAUCAUCAAGGAAAAUGAGAACGGGUGGAAUCUCCAUGUAGCACGUGCUUCGACAACCCCAUUUACAACAACAGCAGAAACAUCGAGUGUCCCCAUCACUGGGUCAUCGCAAACAUCCGCUACGCCACCUAUCAUAACCAAUACGGAAACACCCUCUAACAACACUUCCGGGUUAUUUACGGCAAUUUCUGAAACACCUGACGUAACGACUCCUACCACUUCUAUAACACAAUUAUUGACCGGUGAAACAGUUGUAACGGUCACUGGAACGUCUACUGUUACAGAUGGAACAUCGUCUUCGAGUGCAAAAACAUUCACAACAGCUGAAACAUCUUUGGCCACAGAUGCAACGUCGACAGCAAGCGCUCAAACACUUCCGACCACAGCAGGAACAUCUACUUCAACAAUUGGUACACACGUUACAACAUCUCAAACAUUUAUGGCCACAAAUGAAUCAUCAACAACAAUCACGGAUACAUCCACUUUAACAGCUAGAACAUCUGUGAUCACUGCAACUGCUGGAAAUUCUAUUAAUACAGGUGAAACAUCCACCAAUGCAGCUGUAAUAUCUACAGAUGGGACAAAUGUGACUACAAAGGUAAUCUCCAAUACAACCACAGCAACAUUAAUGACUUCAGUGGAAACACCCACUACAACAGCUGAAACAAAUGUUUUUACAGAUGAAACACCCACUACAACAGCUGGAACAACAAACACAAUCACAGCAACACCAAUGACCUCAGUGGAAACACCCAAUACAACAGCUGGAACAACAAACACAACCACAGAAACAUCAAUGACCUUAGUGGAAACACCCACUACAACAGCUGGAACUACAAACACAACCACAGACACAUCAAUGACCUCAGUGGAAACACCCACUUCAACAGCUGGAACUACAAACACAACCACAGCAACAUCAAUGACCACAGUGGAAACACCCACUUCAACAGCUGGAACUACAAACACAACCACAGACACAUCAAUGACCUCAGUGGAAACACCCACUUCAACAGCUGGAACUACAAACACAACCACAGCAACAUCAAUGACCACAGUGGAAACACCCACUACAACAGCUGGAACAACAAACACAACCACAGCAACAUCAAUUGUCCCUGUGGAAACACCCACUACAACAGCUAGAACUACAAACACAACCACAGCAACAUCAAUGACCGCAGCAGGACCAUCGACAUCUUUAGAACAUUCCAAUACAACCACUGGUAUAUCUAUAACUUCAAUUGGAACAUCUAUCACAUCUGCUGUAUCAUCCUCUGCUGGGACACAUCUGCCAAAUGAUGGAACAUCCUCUACAACUCCGGAAACACCAAUCAACAACGACGAAGCAUCUACUGCCAUCGUCGGAACAUGGCCCAGUACAGAUGGGUCAUCCACUACAACCGUCGGAACAUCGGAGAGUACAGAUCGGUCAUCGACUACAACCGUCGGAACAUCAGAGAGUACAGAUAGAUCAUCCACUACAACCGUCGGAACAUCGGAGAGUACAGAUGGGUCAUCCACUACAACCGUCGGAACAUCAGAGAGUAUAGAUGGAUCAUCCACUACAACCGUCGGAACAUCGGAGAGUACAGAUCGGUCAUCCACUACAACCGUCGGAACAUCGGAGAGUACAGAUGGGUCAUCCACUACAACCGUCGGAACAUCGGAGAGUACAGAUGGGUCAUCCACUACAACCGUCGGAACAUCGGAGAGUACAGAUGGGUCAUCCACUACAACCGUCGGAACAUCGGAGAGUACAGAUGGGUCAUCCACUACAACCGUCGGAACAUCGGAGAGUACAGAUGGUUCAUCUGAUUCCACCGUUGUGACAUCUAAUAGUACAAAUGGAUCAUCCACUACAACCGUCGGAUCAUCCACUACAACCGUCGGAACAUCGGAGAGUACAGAUCGGUCAUCGACUACAACCGUCGGAACAUCGGAGAGUACAGAUCGGUCAUCGACUACAACCGUCGGAACAUCGGAGAGUACAGAUGGGUCAUCCACUACAACCGUCGGAACAUCGGAGAGUACAGAUCGGUCAUCGACUACAACCGUCGGAACAUCAGAGAAGUACAGAUCGGUCAUCGACUACAACCGUCGGAACAUCGGAGAGUACAGAUGGGUCAUCCACUACAACCGGUCAUCGACUACAACCGUCGGAACAUCGGAGAGUACAGAUCGGUCAUCCACUACAACCGUCGGAACAUCGGAGAGUACAGAUGGGUCAUCGACUACAACCGUCGGAACAUCAGAGAGUUUAGAUGGAUCAUCCAUUACAACCGUCGGAACAUCAGAGAGUAUAGAUGGAUCAUCCAUUACAACCGUCGGAACAUCGGAGAGUACAGAUGGAUCAGCCAUUACAACCGUCGGAACAUCGGAGAGUACAGAUGGGUCAUCCAGUUCAAUCGUCGGAACAUCGGAGAGUACAGAUGGGUCAUCCAGUUCAACCGUCGGAACAUCGGAGAGUGCAGAUGGGUCAUCCACCACAACCGUCGAAACAUCGGAGAGUACAGAUGGGUCAACCACUACAACCGUUGGAACACCGGAGAGUACAGAUGGGUCAUCCAGUUCAACCGUCGGAACACUUGAGAGUACAGAUGGUUCAUCCGCUUCCAACGUUGUGACAUCUGAUAGUACAGAUGUAUCAGCGAUUACAACAGUCGGAUCAUCGGAGAGUACAGAUGGGUCAUCCAGUUCAACCGACAGAACAUCGGAGAGUACAGAUGGGUCAUCCGCUUCAACCGUCGGAACAUCGGAAAGUACUGAUGGGUCAUCCACUAAAACCGUCGGAACCACGUUCAGUACAGAUAGUUCGUCUGUUUCCAACGUUGUGAUAUCUGAUAGUACAGAUGUAUCAGCGAUUACAACACUCGGAUCAUCGGAGAGUACAGAUGGGUCAUCCAGUUCAACGGUCGGAACAUCGGAGAGUACAGAUGGGUCAUCCAGUUCAACCGUCGGAACAUCGGAGAGUACAGAUGGAUCAUCCACUACAACCGUCGGAUCAUCGGAGACUACAUAUGAGUCAUCCAGUUCAACCGUCGGAACAUCGGAGAGUACAGAUGCGUCAUCCACUGCAACCGUCGGAACAUCGGAGAGUACAGAUGGGUCAUCCACUACAACCGUCGGAACAUCGGAGAGUACAGAUGGGUCGGAACAUCGGAGAGUACAGAUGGGUCAUCCACUUCAACCGUCGGAACAUCGGAGAGUACAGAUGGGCCAUCCAGUUCAACCGUCGGAACAUCGGAGAGUACAGAUGAGUCAUCCAGUUCAACCGUCGGAACAUCGGAGAGUACAGAUGGGUCAUCCACUUCAACCUCCGGAACAUCGGAGAGUACAGAUGCCUCAUUCACUGCAACCGUCGGAACAUCGGAGAGUACAGAUAGAUCAUCCACUACAACCUUCGGAACAUCGGACAUUUCAAAUGGGUCAUCCAGUUCAACUGUCGGAACAUCGGAGAGUACAGAUGGAUCAUCCACCACAACCGUCGGUACAUCGGAGAGUGCAGAUGGAUCAUCCACCACAACCGUCGGUACAUCGGAGAGUGCAGAUGGGUCAUCCACCACAACCGUCGGAACACUUGAGAGUACAGAUGGUCAUUCACUGCAACCGUUGUGACAUCGGAGAGUACAGAUGUUUCAACCACUACAACCGUCGGAUCAUCGGAGAGUACAGAUGGGUCAUCCAGUUCAACCGUCGGAACAUCGGAGAGUAUAGAUGGGUCAUCCACUUCUACCGUCGGAACCACGUUCAGUACAGAUGGUUCAUCUGUUUCCACCGUUGUGACAUCUGA